AGCUAGGCCCCUUCCUCCUAUAGUGCCUGUCUACCUGUGUUUGAUGCUUAGGCCUAGAAAGGUUGACUUUGUAGCCCCUCACCUUCUCUCCUCAACGCACUGGGCUGGUUCAGCAGUUGACCAAUGAGGGUCAUGCUUGCGUACCAGCCUUGGGCGAGUGGCCCAGGAACUGUUUGCAAGGCUGUGUUGAAACUACUUGUAACUAGACCAUCUUCCCAGCUUGACCAUGAGCUUGUUCGAAGCAUCUCUGCUUAGUCUCCACUGUAGUUCUCUUGUGGCAGUGGGGUGAUGGCAGCCAUGGACACAGGCCAGAGAGCUGGCCCAAGCAAUCCUGGUGACAAGGAAGAGGACCUUCAAGGGCUGUGGCAGGAACUCUACCAGCUCCAGGCUAAGCAGAAGAAGCUCAAGAGAGAAGUGGAGAAGCACAAGCUUUUUGAAGACUAUCUGAUUAAGGUCCUUGAGAAAAUCCCCGAGGGCUGCACGGGAUGGGAGGAGCCGGAGGAGGUGCUGGUGGAGGCCAUGGUGAAGCACUACGGGAAGCUCUUCACAGCCAGCCAGGACACGCAGAAGCGCCUGGAGGCAUUCUCCCAGAUGAGCCAGGCCGUCCACCGGAGCCUGGAGUCUCUAGAGGAGGGUCACAGGGCUCUCAUGGCGCCACCCAGAAGUGUUCCUUCCUCCUAUCCUGUCAUUGCAUAUACUACCCUGGGGACUCAGACCAGGGCACAUGCCCUGGAGGGUUUGUUGUACCAAGAUGACCCGUUCCCUCUGCGUCAGAGCCUCAAGAUCCGGCUGUAUCAGCUGCAGAAGAAGUGUCACCGCAAGCAGGAGCAGUGGUGGAAGCUGGAGCACAGCAUCACUUACCAGAAGGACAUUGACUUCGACGCAAACACACACACCAGCAGCAGCUAUAGUGAUCAGCUGCUCAGCUACAUGCAAAUGACCAUCACCAACAUGGCCCGGCAGUGCUGCCCCUCUGCCCACAGCAUGCCCAAGAGCAUGGAUCUCUUCUCCAAGCUCAAUCUGAUUAAGCAAAGGAUCAGCACUAAAGGAGGACAGACAUACUGGGGAGAUUCAAAGAGAUUCAUGACCAUCCGGGCAAUCCGGGAAGGCUUCAUGGACCAGGACCCAGGAUUUGAAGGACAGGUGAUAUCUGACAAGUGGACAUUCCAGGAGGAGCAAAGACACCUGGACAACAGGGAGAAGGGGUGCAGGAAGAAGGGAGCAAAUUCAUUCCAGACAGAACACAUGGAUCCCCUGCCAUGGGCAGCCCCUAAAGAUGCCGUCCACAUUUUCAAUGCGGACCCAGCUUGA